UGAAAUUUUAAUCAACCAAUCAUUCGCAGAGUUGUGUUGAAAAACAUAGAUAUAACCUGCUAUAAAUUGAUUUAAAUCAUAACACAAACAAAGACAAUACACUGGAUAAUACAAAAAGCAAGGAUAGGGAAAAUAAUUUAGCAGAAUAAAAUUGUGUUCAAGUGUAAUUGACUGAAUUCAACCUCGAACGGAACAUGGAAAUACUUGGAAGUACCAAAAUUCAGCAUUUGAUUUCAAUUGUUAUAUUUAACCUCAUCACGGCAAAUUUAUUUGCUUUGGCUGAAAUUGAUAAUCAAACGAUUCCAAACUCGAUCAGUCCUUUGAUCAAUCCUAAAGGUGUUGAUUUGAUUGCUCAAAAUUUGUCAAUGCAAUGUGAUUGUUCCUCAAAAGAUGUGAUUUCCGAUGAAUGUAGAACGAUUUGUGGUUCAUCACCUCAAGCCAAUUCAGGAAAAAAAAUUAACUAUGUUCCUAUUGUGGUUAUAUUAAGCAUGGUUGUUUUCCUUGGCGCUGUUACUUAUAUUACGUUAUAUCUGAAGAAUAGACCGAAAAGCACAGAUCCUGAUAUUGGCCUGGAUCAUAUUAAAACAUCGGAAAAUAAAGACAAAGUUGCUGUUGAAGUCGUUAAGGAAGAAACAAAUCGCGAAUCUUCUAAUGUUACAAAUGGUCAUUUAGAGGAAGUUGUUUUGAAUGAAUAGUCAUUUAUCAAACAAUUUAUCAACGAUUGGCAAAUCAAUCUCGAUCAAAUAUCACUGUCCUUUCCAAUCUAAUUAGAUGCUCAAAACAUGACUUCGCUGGAUACUAGUAUUUAAUGUAUAAACCAUAUAUGAGAGGUUCAGUUUGAACAUUGAACUAUUUUUGAAUGAGAAUCAUUUUUUGCUCAUUUUUCUACCUUUAAACGUGUAAAAACUUAUCAACUUUAAACACUUUCAUCCUUUCCAACUAGCAGCCAGUAAAAUUUCAUUUCAUCAAAAUUAUGGGUUUAA